GAGAAAGCUGUAAAUGUGUCCGAAUUGCGUCAUGCUGAGCAUGACGAUGAACGUGUGCAGAAACCAGAAUGGUCUGUGGUGAUUGGUGUUUGCACCCAUCUUGGGUGUGUACCUAUUGCCAAUGCCGGUGAUUUCGGUGGUUAUUUCUGCCCAUGCCAUGGAUCUCAUUAUGAUGCAUCCGGUCGUAUAAGAAAGGGACCAGCCCCGUUGAACCUUCAUGUGCCAGCCUACUCUUUCAAGGGUAAUGUUGUAGUGAUCGGUACAUCCUAA